AUGGAGGUUGAGACGCUUGUCUCCCCGCCGACAACUCCAGAUCUCUCUCACCACGACGCAAUUCCCAUGGACAUUGGACAGAGCCACGGCACAGGAGCAUGGGCCGACGACAUUGAGGAAGAUACGCCCCCUCCUCCGGAUGAAUUACCUCCGCCGGACAAGGCUGGCUCUGGACACCCGGAGCCUGAGGACGCUGGUGGCCGCAUCGUGGGCGGCAGUGCGGCCUAUCAGGGCCAGUUCCCGCACCAGGCCGCCGUCUCCAUGGACAGCUCCUACCUGUGCGGCGGCUCGCUCAUCUCCACCUCUGCUGUCCUCACCGCGGCGCACUGCGCCUCUGGGUUCAGCACGUGGGCGGUGAGCCUGGGAGGCAUCCGCCGCAGCGGCAGCGAGUCUGGCCGCGUGACCAUCAACACCAGGUCGACGACGGUGCACUCCGGCUACAACGCCAACACGCUCAACAACGACAUCGCCGUCAUCUUCCUGGGCACCAACGUGCAGCUCAGCAGUUACAUCGCUCUGGUGAACCUGCCUUCUCGCUCACAGGCGGGCAACAGCUACGAGGGCCAGUCUGCUACUGUCAGCGGUUGGGGUCUGACUGCCGAUAACGGCAACACGGCCAGCACGCUGCAGUACACGACGCUGAGCGUCAUCUCCAACUCGCUCUGCCAGCAGUACUACGGAGGCGUCAUCGUCUCCUCAACACUCUGCGCCACCGGCUCCAACCGACAGAGCACCUGCAACGGUGACAGCGGCGGCCCCAUGGUAAUCGGCUCGACGGGCAGCUUCACCCUGAUCGGCGUCGUCAGCUCCGUGUCGGACGCUGGUUGCUCGAGCGGCGACCCGUCCGGCUACGCCAGGGUCACCUCCUUCCUCGACUGGAUCUCCAGCACCGCCGGCGUCGGCAUCUCGGUCAGCAGUGUGGUCACGAUGCAGCUGGCGCUGUGGGCGUUGUUUCUCGUGGCGGCCGCUGCUCAGGAGCUGCCUGUACAUCGCACGGCGUACGACAUUGAUGAGAAUGUGUGGGAACGCGAACAAUCACACAGACGGACCGGUCGCGUGGUGGGUGGCGGGCAGGCGGCGCGCGGCCAGUUCAAGCACGUGGCCUACGUCAACGUGGAGGACACGACUGCCUGCGGAGCCGCGCUGCUCAACUCCAAGUGGCUGCUCACCGCCGGCGUCUGCCUCUCCGGGUACAUGAAGUGGGUGGUGUACCUCGGGAUUGCGGAUCUAACCACCUCUGAUGACUACUCCCUCGUCUUCCAGAGCAACACACGUCUCGAACACCCCGGUCUGAACACCGACAGCAAGUUGCACAAUAUUGGUCUCAUCUACGUCCCGUCCAAGGUUAACUACAACGAUUACAUCCAGCCCGUGCAGUUGCCACGGUACGCCGACGUGGACAGCACCUUCGAGGGCGUCGACGUAAUGGUCAGCGGCUGGGGAGCGCAGGCCACUGGUGGGUGCCGAGCUCACGAAUUCUGCCCCUAA